UCAGACUGUGACGCCGCCCAGCACAGAGGUCAGGGCGGGUUGAGCGCUGCCUGCACCCGCUGUGCGAACAGUCACUCAGCAACGUGCGAGAGGCGGGCGAAGGGCUCCAGAAGGAUCUAUACGUGCCUUUUGGAAUAUAAUAUUCUAUUUUUCUGAUCGUGUGAAUCUCUCUGAUCGGAUUCACUUACAUCUGUGGAUACGAGCAGUUCAUCUGACCCGCUGCUGAACAGUAGGUGGUGAAGCUAUGAAUAAGUUACGGCAGAGUUUCCGGCGAAAGAAAGACGUGUAUGUGCCAGAAUCCAGCCGACCGCACCAGUGGCAGACCGAUGAGGAGGCCGUACGCGGGGGCAAAUGCAGCUUCGCUGUCAAGUAUCUGGGACACGUGGAGGUGGAGGAGUCUCGUGGCAUGCACAUCUGUGAAGAAGCCGUCAAGAGACUGAAGACGGACAGAAAGUUCUUCAAGGGCUUCUUUGCAAAAGCGGGGAAGAAAGCUGUGCGGGCCAUUCUCUGGGUGUCUGCGGAUGGCCUGAGGGUCGUAGAUGACAAGACAAAGGAUCUGAUUCUGGACCAGACAAUAGAGAAAGUGUCGUUCUGUGCUCCGGAUCGGAACUUUGAGCAUGCGUUCUCCUACAUCUGCAGGGACGGAACUACCCGCCGCUGGAUCUGCCACUGCUUUAUGGCCAUGAAAGACUCGGGGGAGCGUCUGAGCCAUGCGGUGGGCUGUGCAUUUGCUGCUUGUCUGGAGCGCAAACAGAAGCGGGAGAAAGAGUGCGGCGUCACGGCCACUUUUGACGCCAACCGUACCACCUUCACACGAGAGGGCUCCUUCCGUGUUACCACAGCAACAGAGCAGGCGGAGCGAGAGGAGGUCAUGCGGCAACUGCAGGAUGCCAAGAAAGCAGAUUCGGAGGGUGUGUUGGUUGUCUCUUCUGUCACGAGUGCGUCUAACCCAGCGGUCACCCUCGCCGGACCCAAUGGCUCGUCCUCUUCUCCUCCUCUGCCUAUGGCCUCACUGGCCCUUCAGGAAGCCAAUCCUCACGCCAUCCCCCGACGCCACGCCCCUGUGGAGGCCCUCGCCCGCCAGGGUUCAUUCCGGGGUUUCCCGGCGCUCAGUCAGAAAACGUCACCCUUCAAACGGCAGAUGUCACUGCGCAUGAAUGAGCUGCCCUCCACCAUGCAGCGCAAGUCUGAUUUCCCCAUGAAAAACACAGUGCCGGAAGUGGAGGGUGAGGGUGACAGCAUCAGCUCUCUGUGCACUCAGAUUACAUCCACCUUCAGUGGACCCCCAGAAGACCCGUUCUCAUCCGCACCUAUGCCCAAACCUGCCUCCUCACCGCAGUCACCCUCUGCGCCAGGUGUAGUCAAUGGUUCGGGUCCUGUCUUUCCGCCGCCCAGCGUCUCUGUAACUGCUAUAGCUAACUCCCCCAUCCUACCGCCCCCGCUGCCUGUCCGAGACACUAACCCCUGGGUCAAGACCCCGAGCACAGCGUCAGAGACAGCACAUACAGGAGGUGAGUGGACGAGUCCUGCACUGGCAGUGAGAGCUGUACCUGCAGUCAGCACAGCUCUUUCUGCACCUGCUUCCUCUCACAAACGCACACCAUCAGAAGCAGACCGCUGGCUGGAGGAGGUGUCAAAGUCUGUGCGAGCCCUUCCACCUGCCGCCAGCAUUGUGAGGACAGAUAUGUCUUCUGCUCAACAGCCUUUCCCUGUUCCCAUGCCUGUUCCCAUGGCCCCCGGCCCUACAGCACCCUUCAAUCCCUCCAUACCAUCUGCGGUCCCUUCCGUACCCCCACGCCAGCCGGCAAUCCACGCCCAGGCUCCGGCUUCUUUCCCGGUGUCCAACGGGCUCCCGUUUGUCCAACCGAGCUUUCCGGUGGUCGGGAUCACACCUUCACAGAUGGUAGCCAAUGUGUUUGGUUCCGCCACACAAACUCAACCGAUCCCAGUGCCCAUUCCGGUAGCCCAGACGCAGAUUCAGUCUUCGCCUUUCUCAACCCCACCACUAACCCAGUUUGACACCCAGGGUGUGUGUAGCCCCUUCGGCAAACCGUUCCUACCUCCUGUGUCCAAUGUCCCAGCACCGCCCAAAGGGAGUGCCGCUUUUAAUGGGACAAAUAGCUGGGCCGCAGUGUCAUCACCCACACAGUCGAUGGCAGUGCAGCAACAGGCCGAUGCAUUUGAAGCCCAGUGGGCCGCACUGGAGAGCCGCUCGCAGCAACGUACCGCCCCCUCUCCCACAAACCCCUUCUCCAGUGAGCUCCACAAGACGUUUGAGAUCCAGCUCUGAGGAUUCGCGGAGUGGCCGAGAGUCACCAACUGACACUGAAGGACAAAGUGAUGGAUAUUAGUGGAGGGAAAACAAAAGGACGAAGGCCCCAUUCGACUCACAAACCACUUUAGCUCCGUUUCUCAAUCUCUCUGUUUCUUUGUCUGUUCAUCGUGUCUGGUUUUUGCUUGUGACAUGAACAGAUGGGGAUGACUAGGUUUAUGGAGGUGCUCCUAGAAUGCAGAUAUUGACAGGACAGGGGUAAAACUGGGCACAUUUAUGUCCGAGAUGAAUUGGAGUGACAAGAUGAUGGUGCCACAUCUUAAAAAGAAAUCUGUAGAUGCCCUGACAUGACCCCAUAUUUUUCGGUACCCCUACUAACUCGUCUCACAGCGCCCCCUAGCAGCAGGCUGGAUGACUGCUCCCUACCUGAAGGACGAGGCACUGAGAAAACCUUCCAGAUUCAUGAGGUUCUUGUAGAACUUUACAGUCAGAAGAGGAAGAAGAAAGAGAAUGCCAAAAUCUUUAUUUUUAUGCAUUAAGUAUAUUUUAAAUAGCUUUGAGAAUUUAACAGAAGAGCUGUAAAUAAUCUUUCCAAAGGUGUGCAGGCUUAUAUUAUGUGCAUACAGGAAAAGAGCAUAUAUAUACAUACAUACAUACAUACAUAUAUAUAAAGCGUUAUGGGACAGUUUUAAUUUCUUGUCUUUUUUUUUUUUUGUCUACAGCAUACUUGGUUUGGAUGUUUUGUAAAUAGAUAAUCAGUAUGGACCCCACAUGGGGCUUGGGGACUUUUAAAUCACACAAGUCCCACACAAUGCUAUCUGUCUUUCAUGCUGUCAUUUUAACUUUUUUUUUUUUUUUUUUUUUUUUACUUCUAUUGCCUACAUACUGUAUCAUUGUUAUUUUUUAGCCAUUUUUUUUUUAAUGAAUUUUAACACUAUUGACAGUGUCAUCUGUCAAGCCACUUAUGUUUUUUUAUUUUAUUUCGAUAAAAAAUAUAUCUAUUCAUGUUAGCAGAAGCACUGUACUAAAUGAUCAUUUGGCCACUUGCGGUUGAGAAGACUGUCUGGUGAGCAUUGUUGAGCUCUGAUAAUCACAGUGGUGAAAUUAUCACUGAAACCAACUCUAAACUGAUUGUAUUGAAAGGAAAUCAGUUGCUUUUUUAUUUUGAUUUUAUUUUUUGUGCUUUAUAAUGCAAUGCUAUCAACCCCUUUGUUUUAUCAGAUGUGAAGAUGAUUGGUCCUGUUUUUAGGUUUUGAUUCCAUUUUGUAAAGAUUGCAUUGUAUUAUUCCAAUUCUUUACGGGGAAAUUUAAUCUAAAGAUAGAAUAAAAUGUUGGUGGAAGAGGAAAAUAGUUUCUCACUUCAUUCUUGAGUUGUUUACAUCCACAUACAAGUUUAAUGAUCUCCAUCCAUUUGAAUGUCAAUUUUAAAUCUCAAGUGAAUAAUCACAGGACGCUUUGCAACUGAGCAUUCAAAAAACAUCACCAUAUUAGUAGUUUGGUCGAUACUACGAAGCCUCAUAGAGGACUUGGAUUGAAAUUAUUUUCUGGAAUAGUUUUUGCAAUCCCUCAAUUAUUUUGGGUACCAAAAUAAUACCUUUAUCCAUUACUUAUGAAAAUUAACCAUGGUUUUACUACAGAAACCAAAUGGUAUUCAUAGUAGAACCAUAGUAAUAAUACAGAAAAAUACAAAACUAUGGUUAAAAAUAUUGCCUUACAAAAAUUAACCCUAGUUUCAUUAUAGUAAACUUGCAGUAACCAUAUAACCAUUAAACCAUAUUGUGUUAAGAACCAUGGUUUUAAAAUCAUGGUAAAAACAUACCACAAAUUAACCAUAGAGUUACUAUAGUAAAGCUAACUGUUUUUUGGGGCAGAAUUAUUCAUUUUUAUAACCAUAGUUUUGUUUUUCCUGUAUUAUUGCUAUGGCUUUACCAUGAAUAUCAUGGUUAAAAUAUUGUUAGUGUAGUAAAAAUGGUACAUUUUGUGGUUAUGGUUUUACUACAAAUACCAUAGUUCAACUAUGGUUAUUGUAGUUCGUAAAAUCAUGGUUAAUUUUCAUAAGGGAUGGAUAGAUAAAGGUAUUGUGAGGGAACCCAAAAUAAUGGCGUGGGGAUGCGAAACUAUUUCAGAAAAUAAAUUCCCUCCUUGUCUUCUAAAGCAGGGGUUUUCAAACUGGGGUCCAGGGACCCCCAGGAGGCCUCCAAGGGGGUGCUAGGGGGUCAGUGCAAAUUUUAAGCGGACAAAAAAAAAAAACAUUGUUAAAAAACAUUUUUAAAUAAUAUUUUGUCGCUUUUGUAAAAUGGCUAUAUAAAAGCCAGUUAUUUAAUUUGUUCUUAAUUAGAUCUCACACAGUAUAAAUGGGUCUUUUUACAUGAAAAUGUGUACUCAAAGAAGGGGGUCCUUCGCAAGGGGACUGUCAAAUUUGGGGGUCCUUGU